CGCAAGCAACACCGCCACAAACCGACAAUGAUCACUUUCUAUUCCUGCAUCGUUCUGGCCAUCGCCAGUGGUGCCUUCGCUGGAUUCGUAGCGGUGCCCGCAGUGCCGGCAGUCACAAAGGUCUACACUGCACCCGUGGUCGCGGUGCCGGCCGUGUCCACGACCGUCCACCACGCUCCGGCCGUUUCCAAGGCUAGCCGGGUGGUCAGCUACCAGUCAAUCCACCCUGGGGUGCCACACACCUUAGCCAAGGUGUCCACCUACACGCCCGCGGCCACGGCCGUGCACACCGUGCACGCUUCGGUGCCCACCGCGGUGACCGGUCUUGUCCACCACGUUCCAGCCUACAGCUACGGCUACUACCCGGCUGGCUACAGCUACGGCCACCGCUACGACUACCACCCGCAUCCAGUGCGUUACGUGCACGGGGUCGCUAUAUAGGAUCUUCACCACGGCCUUAGAUUAGAAGACGACUGCUAUUCUGCACACAUGAAGAAAUGUGCAGUUCGAAAGGGGCGAACCAACGGCUUCCCGCAUCACAGAUGUCAAUAAAGAAGGCGCCAUCGACACAAUGGAUGAAGUGCACUUAGUUUUUGUGAAAGUGAAAAAAAGUGAUGCCAGAUUGAUUGCACAAAUAAAAUUAUUUUGUUUCCCUGGUUCUCA